AUGGGCGCGGCGACAGCUAACAGCACGCUCAGGUAUGGAUUAACCGUAGAGACACCGAGGUCACCGUCCUACGACACGACAUUGCUAUGGCGAAGGGAUUUAGCCAAGCGGUUACGGCGUCGUUCCAGACCCACGCCGAUCCCAGCUAGACAUCCCAAGGCUGCCGUCAUAGACAGAACUACCGAGAAACGAAAGUCGCUGCAGGAAACUACCAAGGAGGUAAAUAAACCAAUUAUUAAAGCUCAGUCCGUCAGAUCACAUGCGAGCAGUCGCACUGUGAUAGAAGCGCAGCUGUCUCAGGCGGAGCUCGAGGCCAGCGAACGGCUAGCGGAGAUAUCCCGGAGGGAGUUGCAGCUAGAAGCGGACAUGGUACGUAAACGGCUAGACGCCAGAAAACUGCAGAUCCGCGCUAAUGCGGAUAGCGCAGACGAGCACGAAUCUGCUGGUAGCGUGCGGAAUUCGAAUCAAGAUCGAUUAGACGAAUGGCUAGAGAACUCGCGAGACGCGACGUCAAAACCCAUUUGUAAGAGGUUAACCGACGAACCUCUACCCAAGUACGAGACUCCGAGACGACCUGCGCAGGCGGAGCGGCAUAUUCGAGGCCUCUCACCGGACCGCCAGAACCCCGCAGAUCGAGCGACGAGAUGUCAACCAGCGCAGAGCGUGCGCAUCGAGGACGAGUGGUACGAAGGACCGCGCUUUCUCUAUGGACCCGAGACAUCAUGGCCUAGUCACACAUCGAAUCGAACAGACGACCUGCCUGAGAGGAAGGCGAGGCCGUCAACCGCGACAUCACUGGCGAUCAUCUCAGCGAAGCCAGACCCUUCGAGCGUACUGCCAGACGUGAGACGGUUUAGCAGUUACGACAGACUGUUGAACGCGACAGCGAACGUCUUGCUAUUCAUCGAGAAAAUGAGAACGAAGAAUAAAGCCUUGCAGCUACAAGUCAGACAUUUGAGAAAGGCAGAACACAUGUGGUUGCAAUACAGUCAACGACGAAGCUUUCCCGAAGAGCUUCGAGCCUUAAGCCAGAAUAGGCUCAUCGAUCGCAAAUCGCGAUUAUACGACCUGGCACCCGAGCUAGGCGAUGACGGCGUGUUACGCAUGAAGACGAGGCUGGGCAGCGCUCCAGUAUUGUACACCGCGCUACAACCGAUAAUACUGGAUGGCCGCGAGCCGUUCACCCGUCUACUCAUCCUGCGAGCUCACCGACGAUCAGCGCACAUUCACAACGAAGCAGUAAUCAACGAACUGCGACAUGAAUAUUGGAUACUACAUCUGCGGCCGACCGUGAAGUCUGUAGCUCGAAACUGCGCGCUAUGCACACUACGACGAGCAACACCGAGAGCGCAGCCCUUAGGCGAUCUCCCGCCCGAGCGACUACAGGCGUAUCAACGUCCCUUCACUCACACCGCACAAGACUACAUGGGACCGAUGUUCGUCACGAUCGGACGGCGCAGAGAAAAACGCUGGGUGUGUCUAUACACGUGCCUAGUGACGCGCGCUAUUCACCUUGAAAGCGUGCACAGUCUUUCAACCGACAGCGCGCUACUAUCACUACGAAGAUUCGCCGCGAGAAGAGGAUGGCCCAGGACGAUGUACAGCGAUAACGCGACGUGCUUCAGGGCGGCGGCGACGGAACUACGUGAGGCGUACCGGCAAUGGCUGCCUGUACUGCAAACUUACGCCACUCAGAACCGAAUGGAGUGGAAAUUCAUCCCACCUGGCAAUCCUUCGGCCGGGGGCGCGUGGGAGCGAAUGAUAAGGACAGUUAAGAUAGCGAUGUCCUACACUUUCAACGAACGAGCACCGAAACCCGAAGUUUUCGAAACUCUACUCGCCGAGAUAGAGAAUAUCGUCAACCGACGACCACUUACGCAUGUCAACGUCGAUCCAGACUCCGAAGAAAGUUUGACUCCAGCACACUUUCUACUUCUUCAUAACGCUAACCUACCGAUGAUUGGCGUUUACGACGAGAACGAGAAGAAGCAAUGGAAGAUGGCCCAAGCGCUUGCCGACCACUUUUGGCGGCGCUGGACCAAAGAGUACUUUCCUCUACUGGCACCGAGGAAGUCGUCCCACGACGGAGGGCGGCAACUUCAACCAGGCGAUGUGGUCAUCGUCGCUGAACCCAAUGGUCCACGCAGCGUGUGGCCCCGAGGCGUCGUCGAGACUACCUACCCGGGACCCGAUGGACGGGUCCGCUCCGCUGACAUCAGAACGAGACACGGGACGCUACGCAGGCCCAGCUGCAGGCUGGCGGUCAUCGCGUCGCAACCCAUGCACCAGGAGUCUUCGACUGCGGGGACAAAAUGUUAG